UCUUCAUUACUGCGCAGUUGAGAUUAUUUUGACAUAUAAUUGCAUUGUUUCUAUUUAGUGAAGAAACAUGGAAAAUAUAAUUCCGUUCUUGGCACUUGUGUCUUUGUAUGGGGCAGUUUUGUUAAACGCGGAAUCGGUGAUUGAAGAUGAACAAGAGAAUUCAAGAUUUCAUUUCGACCACAAGUUGUUGGAAAAUUUUGUACGCCUCGAGAAUUCAUUUAAGAAAAGGUUAGAUGCCCUUGAAGAGCGUGCCAACAAUUUGGAUGGUGGUUGGAGAAACACGAAUGCAGUUGCCUUCACAGCCGUUUUGGACCACGAAGUUAUAGUGAAAGAUGGUGAAACUCUAGUAUUCAAUAACAUUCUCUAUAACGCAGGAAAUGGUUACAACACUGGCGUUUUUACGGCACCUAUAACAGGAACCUACAUAUUCGCACUCCAUAUAGAACACUGGGUCACAGAAGCGCUAACAGCUCAUCUCAUGCUUGACAACACAAUGCAAGUCAGUGCCGUGAUACACCCAGAAGGUAAAAGCCAGCAAAGCGGAAAUACAGCUGUUAUUGAGCUUCAAAUAGGGCACACUGUUUGGGUCAAAACAACUGCAGGUCAACUUUACGGAAGCAAAACAUUUCAUGGAACAACUUUCAGUGGCGCUUUAUUAUACUAACAGAAACAGUUUCCAUAGCAACCUCUUUCAGUCUUAAAUUUAAAACUUUUAUUUACUGCCUAUGCUUGACAUGAUCGUCAUAAAAUUCCUCUGCUUGAAUAGAGACUUAAUGACUUCAAUUUAUUUCUUAUAAGAAUAGAUUUUUCCUUUGAAUCUUUUUCUUGCAGUUAUUAAAAUGAUCUAAUGUUGUUGCGAACUGUUAAAGUAAACAGUAUUAUAGAUCUAACGAGACGAAAGAAAACUGGUGUAUCAUUUCAUGAAUUUGCAAGUAAAUGCGUAUCUACCCAA